AUGGCCACCACGCGACUCCGCCUCCUACUCCUCCUAUUCACGCUGCUCGCCGGCACCGCCGUCUUCUCCGUCUCCGCCGCCCGCGACGGCCCUGCCGAGCCGGCCGUCGCGGGUCCGGUCGGCGCGGAGCCGAGCGCCUACGAGAUGUUGGAGAAAUUUGGCUUCCCAAAGGGAAUACUCCCGGUGGGCGUCACCGGCUACACGCUCCGGCGGUCGGACGGCGCGUUCCAGGUGUUCAUGGACAAGGAUUGCGAGUUCGAGGUGGACGGCGGGUACAAGCUUACCUACAAGCGGACGAUCUCCGGCAGGGUGGCCGGCGGCAGCUUGUGGGACCUCCGGGGCGUCUCGGUGAAGAUCUUCUUCGUCAACUGGGGCAUCGACCAGGUGGUCAUGGCCGACGCCGACCACCUCAUGUUCUACGUCGGCCCGCUCUCCCAGGCCUUCACGUCGGACAACUUCGAGGAGUCCCCGCAGUGCAGGUGCCGUGGCAACGGCGUCGCGGACGUUGGCGAGGGCGCCGGCGUGGGCGUGGCGACGAUGUAGGAUCGGGCAGUUGGUUACGUGAUUUCAUAUACGUACGUGUACGCAACAAACUGUUGGUUAAUUUGGUUUCCGGGAUUGGCGCGCGUGCAAUUCUUGCACGCGAUGCUGUG